UUGGUCUAAUCAUGGCUGCGCCGCCAUCAUCUCCCAUGCUGCCCUGGAGGACGCGCAUCCAGUUAUCUAUCCUCAGUAAAUUCACCGACGCCUCUCGCCGCCAUGACGGCACCGUUGACCGCCGCCUUCUCAGGUUCUUCGAAUUCGGGAUCAAAACGCCGGCCGACUCCAAUCCUAUCAAAGGCGUCAGGACUUCCGACGUCACUAUCGACUCCUCUCGCAACCUUUGGUUCCGCCUCUUCGUACCCACACAGUUAAACAUACAAAAUGAUUCCCAGUUGCCCGUCAUUGUCUUCUUUCACGGUGGCGGGUUCGUCUAUCUCAGCCCGGAUGUCAAGUCCUACGACAUCGUCUGCCGCCGUUUAGCUUGCAAGAUCCCUGCCGUCGUAAUCUCCGUCAACUACCGGCUGGCGCCGGAACACCGUUACCCGGCUCAGUACGAGGACGGGUUCAACGUGCUGGAGUUUCUUGUCAGCGAGAAGAGCGUAUUGCCGGAGAACGCCGAUCUGUCGCGUUGUUUCUUCGCCGGAGAUAGUGCCGGAGCAAAUAUUGCCCACCACGUGGCUAAACGGGCAUGUGAGUCCAAAUUUAAGGACAUCAAGGUACGGCCCUUUGAAAGAAAUUUAGGGAAAACAAAAUUGUUUGAAUUUCUUUUACAAUUUUUCCAAUAUUUUAAUCAAAAUAAAAAAGGAGUAGAAGCUUGAAAUGUUGGUUUG